GAUGAGAAGGAUGCUUCAAUCGAAGCAACGAAAGAAUCCUUUUCGUUCUACGGAUCGAUCGACAGCUUCCAGGGUACAGACCGUAUCUACCGUACUUGUACUCUACCCUCCGUCAUCUGAGAACAUUUCCCGAGUUCACAAUACGACUCCCGAUAGUAUCAUUUAACUCUUUGCCACCAUGAAAUUCGUUGUCCUCCUCCUGUCGACCCUUUCCUUGGUUAACGCUUUCGGAUCUUUUGGAUCCAAGAAAGCUUCCCCCGCGGCUACCUCUCCCUUGCCGACCUUCGACAAGAACACCGGAAAAUGGUCGCCCGCGCCCAACGCCGAAGAACCCUACGGCAUUGGCAGAACGUUGUUGGGAAAUGGACCCGUUCCGGCCUUCACUCGCUUGACCCAAUCGGAAGAUUACAUGCAGGCCGUCUACAAGUUCCAAGCUAGCGAAAAAUGCACGGUUCGAUACGCCCAAGGCAACAUGGACGCCUACUUCGAAAACCCAAACGACUGGGCCUACCAACGAAAAGUUGAGGAAAGCGGUGGCUACAAAAAGAAAUAUGGCGAGCCAAUUCCCCAAAAGCAGGUCAUCCUGACGGUAGUCUGGGGUGUUGGUAUCACCGGCUUGCUCGGCAAGGGACUCUUAACCUUUGUGAGUUACAAGUUAGGAAACUAAAAACAAUGUUGUGAAAGAUGAAGUGAUGCGGUUUGGUGUGGUGUGGUUUGGUGUGGUUUGGUUUGGUUUGGUUUGGUUGACCGAACAUGGAAUGGAAUAAAAGAGUGCACCGUCAGUCUAGUACUUGUAACUAGAUCAUCGGUUUAGGAGCACGCAGUAGAUGCAUGCAGUAAAGAAACUCUGUCUUCAUUUUUCAUUUUGACUCCAUUCAAAAUAUUAUUUCAUCGGAAUUAUUCCUUGUGUCGUCGAUAUUCUUGUUUCCUUUGGAAUUGAGGAAUUAUUUUCCAUGAAAGCAACGAAUAGAAUAUUGAUCUCACAUCGUGCGUGCGUUCCUCAUAAUUUGUGUCUAUCAUAGACUUCUGGAGACUUCUGUCUUUCGGAAGCCAAUGCUGCAACCAAUUAUUGCAAAGUGUUCUUCUCCUAGACUAGCUCAGAAUUCGCGCUGUCACUUCUGGUUGGAAGGGCGAUUGCCAGCAAUUCGAGAGUCAAGAUUUGGGGCAUGAUAAGCUCCCUUUGAUUGUGUUCAACAUCGUUGGAUUCUGUUUAAACAAACAAUACGCAAAAACAAUUGGAGCAGCGUACUCUACUCCAGUUGCUAGUUCAUAAAAUAGAAGUCCACGG